UUCCUUAUUGUCCAAUGGGAGAGCACGUUAUUUUGUUGUCAAACGUGCGCUGACAACUGAACGGAACUAUCCACAGAGGCUAUCCACUAGACAGCCACAUAACGAGAUGGAGGUGGAGCAACUCCUGUCUCUGUCGGGCCCUGCCCUGGCCCAGGCUGUCAGCUCUCUGUUGGAGACCCCAGGCCUCUACGUCUUCUCUGACAUCCUCGAGCUGCCUAACGUCAAGGAGCUGGAGAACGGCCCUCAUGCUCCAGUGUACCAGCUCCUCAACCUCUUUGCCUAUGGGACCUACUGCGACUACAAAGAGCGGGCCGCAUCUCUUCCCGAGCUGACACCAGCGCAGAAGAACAAACUCCGCCACCUGUCCAUAAUGAGCCUGGCGUCCAACCUCAAGUGCCUGCCCUACUCGUUGCUGCUGCAGCAGCUGGAGCUGAAGAACGUGCGUGAGCUGGAGGACCUGCUGAUCGACGCUGUGUACUGCGACAUCAUCCAGGGCAAGCUGGACCAGAGGAACCAGCAGGUGGAGGUGGACUGCAGCGUGGGUCGGGACCUCGGCCCCAACGAGCUCCCCAACAUCGUCAACACACUGCAGGAGUGGUGUACAGGCUGUGAAGCCGUGCUGUGUGGAAUAGAGGAGCAGGUGACCAGAGCCAACCAGUACAGAGAGAGCCAGCUCAAGGUCAAAGUUCAGGUGGAAACCGAGGUUUCCAAUUUACAGAAAACAUUAAAGGCUAGCUCAGCCUCACCAUCCUCUGGCCCCGCCCCUGCUGGCGCUGCGUCCAAUCAGGACGCAGACCAGCCAGCAGAGCCAAGAGACCCCGCAUCCUCUCAGGAACCACGACAGCCGGGCAAAAAAAGUUCAAAGGUUAAAGGUUCUCAUUAACCGUGGCACGACUGUUUACAACCGAGACAGUCGAGCUGCAACCAAACUGCAUCUCCAUAAUGGGAGUUUGAAACACAGUGAAUUAAGGGCUUUUAGUGGAAUAUUCUUUCUGAGAGCACUGUCAAUUCAACUGGGAGUCGGUUUGUUUCCAUAUUUUCAAUAAACAUUAAAAAGCCAGCUGCCAGUGUAAGUGGUGUGUGUGUUUGUUUGAGUGAGUGUGCGUGCGUCUGCAUAGAGCAGCUUCAUUAUCAGAUACGAUGCGUUUUCAAACCGUAUUAUAACCCUAGUAUCACAGACCCUCUUCUUCUGUUUUGUCUCCAUCCGGCCCAAUUACUAUGCACUAACGUUGCAUGGAUCCGGAGUUUGGAAAUGUCACUGGAUAUACAGGACACCCCUGGCUGGCUCCGCACCCCCCAGUGUUCACAUGGAGAUGUUUUUGGUUUUAUCGACUCUUACUAAAGGGAUUAUUUUAUGAGGCAUCAUUUAGACGCAUCUUUUCUACAUUAAAAGGCGCCUGAUAACGUUCAGUAAGCACUCUUAUUUCUUAAAAGAAAUUCCCAAACCCUUGAGAUAACCCUUGCAAUGUGAAGCAAUGGUUUAUUUAAUUGUUACGAUUAAGGUGAUAAUACGUUCUAAAAUGCAUUAUUAAUGCCGGUAGACCCUAAUUAAGCCACAUUAGCGGUUCUUCCUCAUGAUCGGAAGUGCUGUGGUAGCGACACCCAGCCAAUCACCUAUCUACAACUCCUUCAUCCUGGCCCCCCGCAGCCAUGCCCUUUAACGCAGGACUAUUUUAAGAGGAACUGUGAGCCCAUGGGGGUUGAGGUUUAAUGAACUAGAUAUUUGUGGCAUGUUGGUGUUUAAAACAAUAAUGAUAGGCAUGCACAGGGUAUUCUUCUGGUUAGGGUGUUUUGAUGCCCAGCUGAAAGGUUGUGAGUUCAAACCCCAAUGACUGGGUUAGGGUGUUUGACUCCCAGCUGAAAGGUUGUGAGUUCAAACCCCAAUGUCUGGGCUAGUUUGACUCCCAGCUGAAAGGCUGUGUUCGAUCCCUUCAGCACCCUUGAGGCAUAACUGAGCAAGAUGCCCUAACACCCUACCUGCUCCUUUUAAUGCCCUGCUUAAGAAAAAAGUCAGUCAGCAUAGAGCCUCCGCUUGAUGCCUAACCAGCAAAUAGUACACAGGUGUAUUAAACACUGUAUACUAACAAAGGCUUGUGUGUGGGUC